UAUUUUCGAUUCAUAAGAGAUUAUUUCAAAAUGACAUUAGGAACUCCAGGUGAUACACCCCCAGAGCAAGUACAUUCCAAAAGUAUAAUAGUAAUCCAUCCUGGAUCACUCAAUCUUCGUAUUGGCAGAGCAUCAGAUUUGAAUCCCUUAACAAUCCUACAUGCAAUAGCAAGACGAAGAUUACCAUACGGCCAAAGUUAUAUGGACACCUUUUUACCAGAACGCAUAGAUCUUAGUCAACCUCAAGAGUAUGAAGAAGCUAGAUUGUCUGUAUCACAUACUCUACAGUCUUGUUUGCAAUCAGAUGGGCGUAGAAGAUAUGCCACUCCUCCACAGCAAAUUGCUGCUUAUAAUCGUAGAUCUCAACCUGAGUUGUUGAAUAAUAAUGGGGGAGAAUGGAUAAAACCAGAAGGUGAUGUAGUAAUAGGCAAUGAUAUUUUGCGUUUGGACCCUAGUGAAGACUUCAAUGUCCAUUUUCCUUACCAGCGAGGAGACUUCAACAUUCAUAGUGGUCCUGGUGGCUCCAUGACUUCAGUAAUUGCUGAUCUUGAAACCAUUUGGACAUCUGUAUUGGAAACUAAUUUUCAAAUCAGUCAAAAAGACUUGAAGAGUUAUAAAGCAGUAUUGGUUAUACCAGAUGUAUAUAAUAGAACUUAUUUGAGAGAGUUGAUGUAUUUACUUUUGUGUAAAAUGGGAUUUGGUAGUUGUUUUCUAGUGCAGGAUCAUGUGGCUGCAACUUUUGGGUCAGGAUUAAGUUAUGCUUGUGUCAUUGAUGUUGGAGAUCAAAAGACUUCUGUUUCUUGUGUUGAAGAUGGCAUUUGUCAUACAAAUACCAGAGUCAGGCUAGAUUAUGGUGGUGGAGAUAUCACUCAAAUAUUUUAUUGGCUUCUCCAAAAAUGUGCAUUUCCAUAUAAGGAAUGUAGUGAUAACAAUAAAUUGGACACUAUGCUAUUGAGAAAGCUCAAAGAAGAGUUCUGCCAUGUUAACUUAGAUAUUUGUGGAUCUCAAGAGAAAUUUUUUGUUCUCAAACAGCCUGGAAAACCUGUUUAUCAUUAUACAAUGCAAGUUGGGGAUGAAUGUAUAGUAGCACCUUUGAGCCUCUUCAGCCCUGAAUUGUUUGGCAUAACAGGAUCAAAGUCAUUGCAUACUCAGAAAAUAUCUGCUGGUGAUCCUGAAGAUCCUCAUGACGAAUUAUAUUUGAGAGACAUCAGAAAGAAAGGGAUGACAGGUAUCAAAGAGAGUCUAGAUACAAGUUCAGCAGAUUUAUUGAAUGAUAGUUAUUUGGAUAAUCAGCAAAAUAAUCCCAAUGAAGAUGAUAUAGUUGUGGAUGCUAUGGAUCCAGUGGUUCCUACUUCUGUUAGGGAAUUCAUAACUAGUCCUGGUCAGAUAUUAGGGCUAGAUCAAGCAGUGUUACAAAGUAUUGAUAGGUGCCCUAAUGAAGAGAUCAAAAGAAAAAUGUAUGGAUGUAUUUUAGUUGUUGGUGGUGGGAUGAAAUUUUCUGGUAUAGUGACGUGGCUCCAAAACAGGAUAUCACUCCAGAUUCCCUACUUGUACAGAGCCGAACAACUCGACAUCGUCAUCAAUCCCAGAGAUAUGGACUCGGCUAUGGUAGCGUGGAAAGGAGCCUGCAUUCUGUCCUGCCUGGAAUCUGCACAUGAACUGUGGAUCCAGGCUGGUGAAUGGGAGAAAUAUGGCGUGAGAAUUUUGAGAGAACGAGCCCCGUUUACAUGGUGAAUGAAGAAAUUUCACUGUAGCCAAAUGGAUAACUCUCUGUGUAACAAUAUACCAGUACCAUCUAUAGAGGACAUUUUUCCAAGCCGAGCUGUAUUGGUCCAAGAUAUGCUUCAGCAUUGAUGGAAAUAAGCAAGCUAGACAAGAAUUGUCUUCUGAUUGAUUCAUUUACCAUGCUAACUAUAACCAUGUUUUCGCCAUUUUCUUCACAAUAAUUUUAUAUUUUAUUGUUGACAAUA